AUGUAUGACGACUCCUACGUGCCCGGGUUUGAGGACUCGGAGGCGGGUUCAGCCGACUCCUACACCAGCCGCCCGUCCCUGGACUCGGACGUGUCCCUGGAGGAGGACCGGGAGAGUGCCCGGCGGGAGGUGGAGAGUCAGGCCCAGCAGCAGCUGGAAAGAGCCAAGCACAAGCCUGUGGCAUUUGCUGUGAGGACCAAUGUCAGCUACUGUGGUGUACUGGAUGAGGAGUGCCCAGUCCAGGGCUCUGGAGUCAACUUUGAGGCCAAAGAUUUUCUGCACAUUAAAGAGAAGUACAGCAAUGAUUGGUGGAUCGGCCGGCUAGUGAAAGAGGGCGGGGACAUCGCCUUCAUCCCCAGCCCCCAGCGCCUGGAGAGCAUCCGGCUCAAGCAGGAGCAGAAGGCCAGGAGAUCCGGAAACCCUUCCAGCCUGAGUGACAUUGGCAACCGACGCUCCCCUCCUCCAUCUCUAGCCAAGCAGAAGCAAAAACAGGCGGAACAUGUCCCCCCAUAUGAUGUGGUGCCCUCCAUGCGGCCUGUGGUGCUGGUGGGACCCUCUCUGAAAGGUUAUGAGGUCACAGACAUGAUGCAGAAGGCUCUCUUUGACUUCCUCAAACACAGGUUUGAUGGCAGGAUCUCCAUCACCCGCGUCACCGCUGACCUCUCGCUGGCAAAGCGCUCUGUGCUCAACAAUCCUGGCAAGAGGACCAUCAUUGAGCGUUCCUCCGCCCGCUCCAGCAUCGCUGAAGUACAGAGUGAGAUUGAGCGCAUUUUUGAGCUGGCCAAAUCCCUGCAGCUGGUAGUGUUGGAUGCUGACACCAUCAACCACCCAGCACAGCUGGCCAAGACCUCACUGGCCCCCAUCAUUGUGUUUGUCAAAGUAUCCUCACCGAAGGUACUCCAGCGUCUCAUCCGCUCCCGAGGGAAGUCACAGAUGAAGCAUCUGACUGUGCAGAUGAUGGCGUAUGAUAAGCUGGUUCAGUGCCCACCAGAGUCCUUCGACGUGAUUUUGGAUGAGAACCAGCUGGAGGAUGCCUGUGAGCACCUGGCCGAGUACCUGGAAGUUUACUGGCGUGCCACCCACCACCCAGCCCCCAGCCCGGGACUUCUGGGUCCUCCCAGUGCCAUCCCUGGACUUCAGAACCAGCAGCUGCUGGGGGAGCGUGGCGAGGAACACUCACCCCUUGAGCGGGACAGCUUGAUGCCCUCGGAUGAGGCCAGCGAGAGCUCCCGCCAAGCCUGGACAGGAUCCUCGCAGCGUAGCUCCCGCCACCUGGAGGAGGACUAUGCAGACGCCUACCAGGACCUGUACCAGCCUCACCGCCAACACACGUCUGGGCUGCCUAGUGCUAACGGGCAUGACCCCCAAGACCGACUCCUCGCCCAGGACUCGGAGAGCAAUCACAAUGAGCGGAACUGGCAGCGCAACCGGCCCUGGCCCAAGGAUAGCUACUGA